CCGUGCUACCAUGUCGGACGAAGAUGAAUUGAAUUUGUUCGUGAUCAUCGUUGACACCAACCCAAUUUGGUGGGGGAAGCAAGCCCUGAAGGGGUCUCAGUUCACUUUAUCCAAAUGCAUCGACGCUGUCAUGGUGAUGGGGAAUUCGCAUUUAUUCAUGAACCGCUCCAACAGGCUUGCUGUGAUUGCAAGCCACAUCCAGGAGAGCCGAUUUCUCUACCCUGGGAAGAACGGAGGUUUUGGUGACUUUCUGGGUGACCCUAACAACCCGCCUUCUGAGUUCAACCCCUCGGGGAGUAAAGAUGGGAAGUAUGAACUACUGACAGCAGCCAAUGAAGUGAUCGCUGAAGAAGUUAAAGAUCUGAUAACCAAGAGCGACAUAAAGGGGCAGCACACAGAGACGCUGCUGGCGGGCUCCCUUGCCAAGGCCCUCUGCUACAUCCAUAGGAUGAAUAAGGAGGUAAAAGAUAACCAGGAAAUGAAAUCAAGGAUAUUGGUGAUCAAGGCGGCAGAGGACAGCUCGCUGCAGUACAUGAACUUCAUGAAUGUCAUCUUUGCAGCCCAGAAGCAGAACAUUCUGAUUGAUGCCUGCGUCCUCGAUUCAGACUCAGGGCUGCUCCAGCAGGCGUGUGACAUCACAGGGGGGCUCUAUCUGAAGGUGCCUCAGAUGCCCUCACUGCUGCAGUAUCUGUUGUGGGUUUUUCUUCCUGAUCAAGACCAGCGGUCACAGCUCAUCCUCCCGCCACCUGCCCACGUGGAUUACCGGGCCGCCUGCUUCUGCCACCGCAACCUCAUCGAGAUCGGCUAUGUCUGCUCCGUGUGCCUGUCCAUUUUCUGUACGUUCAGCCCGAUCUGCACCACAUGCGAGACGGCCUUCAAGAUCUCUCUCCCUCCUGUACUCAAGGCUAAGAAGAAGAAGCUCAAAGUAUCUGCCUGAGAGAGCUCCUGAGUGCAGUGAUCAGAUCACUGUCGUAGUUUGUUAUGGAACGACCAUACCUGGAUUUUAUACCCUUGUUUCGUUGUUGUUCUUGGGUUACACAGACCUCUUUGGCCCUUGGACAGCCCUAAAA